AUGCCCACGAUUCCUAACGAGGAAAGAGUGAAGCCUCUCCUAAUACAAUUGCUUGAGUUUCCUACCCAUGAAGAAGUCAGCGCUACGUCGGAUGCACCUGCUGAGUUUAACACCGACACCCACGAAACUGUAACCAUGCCCGGUACUUGCACUGAGACAGAAGUACCACCCGUUACCUUGAUCAACCCAUCUGCCCAGGAGAAUUGUGACGUUGGAACCAACCCGUCCAUCCAGAGUCACACUCCCACUAAAAACGGCAUAAUGUCUGAGACCUCUAUCGCGACCCGACCAAAAUCUCCAUCCAUCGAUUUGUUUGGCCCACCUGCCCAGAGGGAUACCGAAGUGGCCGCUAGCGUUACACCAGAUAUGUCUACUCCGUACGACAGUGAUAGCGAUAUUCAAACCGUCAUCCUGUGUGACAGUCCCUCUGAGAAUGACCCGCUUGAUUCCUCCAGCUCGAGCCACAAAGAUCCUAGCGCCAUGCCCAAUACGUCCGUCGAUGACUCCUCUGAUGACUCCUCCUCUGGAGGCUCGGAUGCCUCUUCCAGUGGCAAAUCUGGGGCAUCCUCCAUCGACGGCGUUAAUACAAGUCCAAAAUCUCCACCCAUCGCCGUGUUCAGCCCAUCCUCCCAAGAGAAUUGCGAUGUCAAAACCAGCAGUUCUUCAGAGAUUUUACCGCAGGAUGAUAGUGACAGUGACAUUCAAACUGCCAUCAUGUGUGACAGUCACACUGGGAAUGAAACUAGCAUGCUUCAGUCCUCUAGCUCUGACCAGAAAGAGCCCAGCACCAUAUCAAACAAGUCCUCCGAUGAUCCGCACGAUGAUUCCUCUGACAGCUCCUCUGACGACUCCUCCUCUUCCGGUGCCAAAUCUGAAUCUUCCUCAAUCGACAGCUUGGGUACGUCUUCUCAGCAAGAUUCUGAAUCAGAGGAGGAAGAACAACCCAGAGGUUCCCAGAGCCUGGCAGCAUACGCCUCUCCUAUUCGAGAUGGAAAGCGUAUCAGGACCAGCUGUGAUAGUGUCGACGACCCGGGUGAGUGGCUCGUCGAUCCAGAUGGAUUUAUCAAUGAGAAAUAUCGGGCUGGCGGGCCAUUCCUCUGUUCACUACCCGAGACGAUCCUCAAUCUGAAAGGCAGUUCCCCUUUGUACACCGUUCUUGAAACUAUCAGUCUUUAUAAGAUGAUCUUUUCAGUCCUUGAGGAGUACAAAGUCAAUGCAUCCUCGGUCACGAUCAAAAAGUGUCAAUACGAAUACUGGCCAAUAAUGGAGCCCCUGCCGACCUUGAUCAUUACCGCAACUCGCGAUACAUUUAGCGACGCUUGGGUGCAGGCUUGUCGCAAAAUCUGGAGGCAUCUAUCUGAAAGCCAGCUUGGUCAUAUCAAUGUUGAAAUCUCGGACCCAGCUCUUCACAACCCGUAUCGCUAUUGGCCUGUGGAGUCGGGACACCCUAUUUACCCAGUGCACCAGGAAGUGAUGAGAAGAAUCACAGAAGAACUCAAUCUUACAGAUUGGGUUGGUCUUGGGGCGUACCGCGUCGGUACAACCCCAGAUGUGAAGGACAGCGAGGUGGUUAUGUUCCUGACUGCGCAUUUCAAGAGCGAUCGAGACUGGCGUGUCCCGCGAGAACAGAUCGUUUCGAUUUUGGAAGAGUUCAAACUUCCAAUGGUGGGAGUCAUGAUCCAAAAGGGCAAAAUGUGGGGGAGAGGUUUUCUAGGCUGA